AUGUCGAGUGACGAAGACGACACGAAGCUCCAUACUGGAUAUCAUGGUUGGAUGAAGACAAUCCCCAAGACGUCCGAGGACUUUACUCCCAUGCGGAUCAACGAAUCGAAAACGACAGUUCAUCGAAGCGACCUUCGCUCCGUCUGGAACAGUGCUGGCACUUGGGAAGAACGUGAUAAAUCGGAAUGGGCUCGUGAACGGCUAAAACAUCACCUUUUGACGUCUUUUGGCUUUGAAGAUCAAGCACUGGGACUUUCCAUUGAGGUCACGUCAAUUGUGCGCUGUGAAGGAGACGCUAAGGUCGUGUUUAGUCGUGGGAAGAAACGUUGCGGCUACGAACUGUCGGUGAAAUUUGCAUGGCAGAGCAGUGAUGCGGUGUCGGGUCAUGUCGAACUCCAGGACUUUGAUGAUACCAAUGGAGAUGAUUUUGAAGUACUUGUCACUACAAAUGGUGACAGUGAACAGGAUCUGAUCGUGAAGAAGGCUGUGAUCAACAAGGAGUCGGAGCUGCGUAAAUUGCUUGCGCUGUGGAAAGAGGAAUUGCUGCAGCAAUAA